AAGGGUUCUCGAUCUCAAAAUGCGAGCCCAGUUCUUGGAUCACAAGGACCAGCUCCAGCAGGCUCCUCAUACAGCUCCGGCCCACCUAAGCGCCUCUUUGCUGGCUCAUCCAAUUCGUCCGGUGGGGUAUCCUCGAAUGCGAACGCCUCAUCGGGCUCAACUACGGGUGCCAACCAACGUGGAGCGACGACAUCAGACUGCGGCUCUGAGUACACUCGCUCACUUGAUGACAUUGCUAAUAAUAGCCUUGCGCGGUUAGAGAGUAAAACCGAAGGCUCAAUCAAGUUGAACAUACCUAACCUAUCCAAUUUACGAGCAAAGGUUAACACAUCAUUUCACCACAUCGCGAAUUUGCCAUGGCGUUUGGCUGCAAAAACGGAGUGCACCAAGCGAACAUCGCACGUGAAGUUUUUCUCCGUGUACAUCGACUGCAAUCCGGAAAGUGAAAGCACAUUAUGGUCCUGUGACGCAAUCGUCGAAUUCCGUCUGCUCUCACAACGUCCCGAUGUGCCGCAUUUUUCGCGACAGUUCACAAAUAAGUUCAACUUCAAUUCGAAUAACUGGGGAUUUCCAUCGUUCAUGGAGUGGGGAGAUAUUCUCAAUGUCGACAAGGGAUACGUGAAAGGUGAUCGCGUAGUGGUCGAGGCUCGGAUAACCGUACAGAAAGUCGUUGGAGUGAGGAAAAAUCCUCACUUCGAUUUUCUGUCUCAAGAACCUCACACCUCUGAUGCUGUACUUGUCAUUGAUGGCGUUAAAUUGCACGUUAGCAAGACGUACCUUUCGCUGUACUCUCCAGUUUUUUAUGCGCUGUUCUUCGGGAAAUUCAGUGAGAGGGAUAAGCGAGAAAUUCCUGUAGAAGACGUUAUACUGGAUGAGUUUGUCGAACUUCUCAACGUCGUCUAUCCUAGCCAUAAGCCAGUCUCCACUGACAAUGUGGAGUUCCUUUUGGAAUUGGGCGACAAGUUCGAGAUACAAUUCGUGAUUGACGAAUGUGAGCGGUUCCUGAUUUCCACUGAAGACAUCCCCAUCGUAACAAAGCUUGUCUGGGCGGAUCAGUACUGUCUAGCGAAAUUGCAGGACGCAUGCGUUCGUACGUUCAAAUGUGUGAACGACAUCAAAGGGUUGAAACUUACUGAAGAGUACAAGAACCUCAGCGAUACCACGAAGGCAGCGUUAUUAGAGAAGAUAUUCAAAAUUCUAAAGGAUUAG